AUGCUCAAUGCACUGGCAGUGAGCGCGGCGCUCUUCGUGAUGGCGUUGGCCGGCGAUACGAGAGAACAACCCAUCGGCGAAAUGGAGGCCCAAUGGCGAAGUAUGCAAAAACGGGACCCCGGUCCUUCGUAUGAUAUGUACGAUCCGACCAGUCUGUUCAAGCGCAAUACUGGGAACUGGGAGAAACGCUACUAUGCCCUCGACACACUCGGAGGUAUCGGUCUUGGCAAGCGGUCCGGUGCCGCACCAGAGUCGCUGAAGCUACGACUACGACCAGCCUACGACGGCGGCCGCUUCAAGAAGUCCGCCUACAAUGCGUACUCGUUGGACAGCCUGGGAGGAAUGGGUCUCGGCAAACGCGACUCGAGCCGCGGCGAACUGCAAUACUUCGACAGCCUCGGCGGUAUCGGGCUGGGC